UUGUUUAGUUCAAUUUCGGUAUUUGAAUAGACAACAUCGUAACAUGUUGUAGCAUAACAAAAAUUCAAGAGAUUAGAGGACAUUCACUCAAAAAAAUUAUUCUUAAUUUGUGUUUGUUUAGUGUUUUGUUAAAAAGAUUCGUUAAAUUAAACGUAGCAAAAAAAUCAGAAAAAUGGUUGAGACAGUCAUUCAUCGGAAGCCGAAGCAAGGCACAAGCACCUCUGAACAAGUAGAAAACGAGCCACAAAGUGAUUUAGUGCAAGAUAUGAGGAUGGAAAAAGUUCGCCGAAAGAUUGAAAAAAUCCAAUGCGACAUCCUAAAAGAGGUCGACCAAAAAUUAUCGGUCAUGGUUGAGGAUAUUUUGGAUGAGAUGGAAAAAGAGGCAUCUGCGAGUUCGGAAUUUCGACAAUUAUUCACGGAAGAUGUCGAAGUAACUGCCAAGAAAAAGCAAUUUAGAAACGGAAAGUUGCCGGAUAAGGAAUUUUUGCAAAGAAAUUCACUUUUAACGGAUUUGUUGGAAGUUAAACAUAUUCGAACUAUUUAUCACAUCUUCCUUGUCAUAAUGCUGAUGACCUUUUUGAAUACCCUUACGCAUGAUUUUGUGGAUCAAGGAGUGAUUAAUAUUGGAGUUUCGCCGAUCUUUUUGGGUUUCAAUAAUUUUCAUUAUGCGUUUGGAGUGUGGAUUAUAAUGCAAAUUAUCACGUUUUUAGUUCAUCCCGUAUUUAAAUUAUGGGCUAAUACGAGACAAAUUGUUCCUAAAAAUAUGAGAAAACCAUUCGAUUAUUUUUCAAUUGUGGCAUACAUUUCCUACAUCAUCGCUUUUGGAUAUGUUUUCACCUAUUCUACGAUCGUUUUCAAGCUCGCACCGGCAUCAUCUAUUGCUUUUCUGCUUGAAAUGACACGAUUUCUGAUGAAAACGCACGCUUUUGUUCGUAGCAACAUCCCUCGAGCUCUUCUUCCGAAGUUCAAAGAGGCCUCAGAAGACAAACCUGGCUUCUAUAUUCCGGAUUUCAGUAAAUAUUUGUAUUUCCUCUUCAUUCCAACACUCGUCUAUCGUGACAGUUAUCCCCGUAACAAACAUAUCAAAUGGAAAUUUGUCGCAAAAUGCCUUCUCGAGACAGUUGGAAUAAUUUUCUACAUGAGUUUCAUCUUCGAGCGCACUCUGAUUCCCGUUUUUCGUGACUUUGGCACGGCGCGCAUCAAAUCCGCCGCAUUCGUUUUGCAGAUUUUCGGUUGUAUGAUGCCAGCGAUGCUAAUUUUCCUCAGCGGCUUCUACCUGUUGCUCCAUUGUUGGAUGAAUGCCUUUGCUGAGAUGCUCAGAUUCGCUGAUCGGAUGUUCUAUCAAGAUUGGUGGAAUGCAACUUCGUUUCCGGAUUAUUAUCGUACGUGGAAUUGUGUCGUUCACGACUGGCUUUAUGCGUACAUUUACAAGGAUUGUUACGAACAUGUCUUUAAAAAGUCCAAAUUGUGGUCGAUGUUGGCUGUUUUUACGGUGUCGUCGUUCGUGCAUGAGUAUAUAAUCGCGUUUGCCUUCCAUUUCUUCUAUCCUGUGAUGUUGGUUUUGUUCCAAGGCAUCGGAGUGUUUGUCAUGUUCAUCACGAAUAAGGAGAAAAACAGCAUUGGAAACAUUUUUAUGUGGUUUAGUCUCAUUUUGGGCAACAGUUUGAUGAUGUGUCUGUAUAAUAUGGAGUUCAAUGCUCGAAGAAAUUGCGAAGUUGGAGACUCCGUGAUCGAUUAUUUCAUUCCUGUGUCAUGGCAUUGCAAUGGAAUAAUCUAAAAAAACAAAUUUUCAGGACGAAAAUGAGAAAUGGGACUGACUUUUGUAUCCUUUAAUAUUACUUAUUGUUAGAAAAAAAUUAUUGGUAUGGUAAAAUAAAGAAAAAA